AUGCUCAUGAAGCCAGCUCUUCUCAAGCUAGCCUUCCCCAUUUCUCAACAGCCCCCUUUUCACUUCAACCCCCAGCAGCCGAAGCCCCCACCGCAAAGCAUGUUCCACCCCGAACCUCGGGCAUCCGCAAACCUUCCCGCCAAGACUCAACCCGCUGCAGUCAGUCGGCCUCUCGUGGCCGAGCAGGACACGUGGUCCCAGCCUCAUCCCGGAACUCCAUAUCACGCUCCCGACAUCAAUCAGUGGCAGGAAGGCUACCACUUUGCACCUCCAACCCAGGAGUCGAUCCCCCAUGCUCAGCACCCCACGGCCGCCGAGGCAGUCGAUCAUCCUAUGAAUUCAACCCCGGCACCCCUGCCCUCGGACCAAAUGCAACCGCACACGUCGAUGCAUCAGCAACCGCAGGCGCAUACGGCCCCGACCCACCACCAACAGCCAUAUGCUACCCCUCAACAUACCCAUACCCAACAUCCACAUGCGCAGCAUCAACAUGUGCAACACCAGCACCAAUAUUCCCAACCGCCUCAUUCACAACAGCACCCACAGCACCCACAGCAUCCCCCACCUCAGACGCAGCAAUGGCCGACUUCGGGUGCGCAGAUGGAGGUCUUGACAUCGAUGGAGAGUCCUUUGAACUAUGAGCACUCGACCCGGCCCAAAACCCCGAAGCGCCCUAUGGGCAUGUCAUGGAAAAGCAUUGAUAACCUGAGGCUGAAGCGACAACAUCCUACGCCCUUGGAAGAGGUUCCGCCCUUGCCUAGCAUGGGUCAGCAAACCGGAUAUGAAAUACAAUCUAGCCAACCGCCUACAACCCAGGCCCCUAUGUUCACGAAGUUACGAUGA